AUGCGUCUGACUCCAGCUCUCGCCCUUUUGGCUUAUUUCCUCGCUGCUUCCGCCGUCGGUGUUGUAGCUUCACACCAUCACGGAGGACAUGGUCACAGGCAUGGACAUGCUCCCGCCCAUAUCCACCGCAGGUCUUGCCAGCUUCAUCAGAAGCGAGAUGGAGGCGACACUACGACUCCUGCUCCUCAGCCUUUGUUUGCUCCAGCUGGUCCUGGAGAUGACUCUGCGGUGAAGAAGGACAAGAAGAAAGGCAAAUGCGCAUUGAAGAAGCAGAAGCAAAAGGAUCAGGGUCAGGAAGUUGCAGACGAGGGCUUGAAGGGAAGUGGUGGACCUCCCGUCACCGGCGUGCCUUCUUUGGAAGGUGGGGACGAUGGCACUAAGCCUCCCGUCACCGGCGUGCCUUCUUUGGGCGGUAAGGACGAUGGCACUAAGCCUCCCGUCACGGGCGUGCCUUCUUUGGAAGGUGGGGACGAUGGCACUAAGCCUCCCGUCACGGGCGUGCCUUCUUUGGAAGGUGAGGGCGAUGGCACUAAGCCUCCCGUCACCGGCGUGCCUUCUUUGGGCGGUAAGGACGAUGGCACUAAGCCUCCCGUUACGGGCGUGCCUUCUUUGGAAGGUGGGGACGAUGGCACUAAGCCUCCCGUCACGGGCGUGCCUUCUUUGGAAGGUGAGGGCGAUGGCGCUCAGCCCUCCACGGAUGGUAGCUCUGGAGUGAAGAAGGACAAGAAAGGCAAAUGCGCAUUGAAGAAGCAGAAGCAAAAGGAUCAGGGUCAGGAAGCUGCAGACGAGGGCUUGAAGGGAAGUGGUGGACCUCCCGUCACCGGCGUGCCUUCUUUGGAAGGUGAGGACGAUGGCACUAAGCCUCCCGUCACGGGCGUGCCUUCUUUGGGCGGUAAGGACGAUGGCACUAAGCCUCCCGUCACCGGCAUGCCUUCUUUGGGUGGCGAGGGCGAUGGCACUAAGCCUUUCACGGAUGGUAGCUCCUCGGCUGCUCCACAGCCUUCUCGAGACUCUGUUUCUGGAGAUUAUUCAACUGGUGGUCAAUCUGGCGGUAACGGUAGCAGUGAUACCGGUGCGGGUGCCAACCGUGGAUCGAACCCUGGCGGCAGUUCCAGCACCGACGACAAUGUUGGUUUUCCUGGUCAGACCGGCACUGAAGGCUCUGAAGGUCAGAACCCCGAAAGUUACGGUACCCCACCCUCGGGCUACGCCUCCACUCCUACCCCUAACACCCCCCACAUCACACCUUCGACCGGCGGCGUCACUAGAAACCAUGUCAAGUGCAAAGGCAUCAGAGGCUCCACCUUCCUCUCCUCCACUCGCACCUUCAAGCCGCACCAGUUCUCUCCCGAAUUCAUCUACCACGGACCCGGCACCACUUUUGGCAGUGAAACCGGCUUCUGGAAAGGAGGAGCCUGCAUGUUCGAUGACCUUCCGCAUGCCAACUUACCUUCGGUCGCCAUGGAUCAGACCUUUUUCCAAGACGGUCUUGCCUGUGGCACCUGCGUCGAAAUUGCUUCUACUUCAGCUUCGCUCUUUAGCAAUGAUGCGGUUUGGACUGUCGAGACUCCCAAAGUGGGCAAACUUCGCCCUGGCAAGAAGACGGUUGCUAUCGUCAGCGAUCUUUGCCCUGGUGUCGAACAAUGCUUUUCUGGUCUGGACAUGCACCUCGACGCUUGGAACUCAGUUACUAGCCAUGCGAAUGGAAGUAAGCUUCCGAUCAACUGGAAAUUUGUCAACUGCAAACAAGCUUUCCAGAAGAGCGGCAGCGGUGGUAAGAACCUUGAGAUUCACUGGAGACCCGGUGCUAAUGCUGGCUACUUCCAAGUUCAAGUUCGAGGCAGCCAUGAAGCUGUGGUAAGGAUGGAGAUGAAGGUGAGCGGUAAAGGUUGGAGUGUGGCGAAGCAUGUGGAUAACUCUUGGUGGAUGUGGGACGGCGAUGCGACUUCGGCGGUUAAGGACCACACUGCAGUGUUGUUCAGGGUAACGGAUUGGCAGGGUCAGACGAUCACCAGUGAGGUGGGUACGGUGAUAGGCAAGGAUCUCGUGUUUGAGGCUAACUUCGAUCGUGUUGGUGGUGAGUCCCAGCCGGAGGGAUAUGAGGCUUAA